CUCUACAAAGUUCAAGUUUUUCUUGGUGUUAUUAAUUACUUGUCAAUCUUUUGGACAAUUAAGCAUCAAAAUUCAGUUACUGUUAAUCAUUAGUGUUUAAUUCAAGGUUUUGACUUUUCAAAACUAGGAGUUGAGUUUAUUAAAUUCAUCUUCUUUCGGAGAAGAAGCAGAAGAGUAAAUUGUUGCCAUUGUUUGUUGGAUUAGUUGAUAUGGAAACAAAGGCGACGACAAGGUUUACUAUAGGUAGGCAAUCAUCGCUUGCGCCAGAAGGCAGGGAUGUAUCGGAGGUAGAUGACGAAUUGGAAGUUGCGGAAGCUGUUGACCCUAAUUUUCGGCUUAUGUAUCUUGCAAACGAAGGCGACCUGGAAGGAAUAGUUGAGCUAUUGGAUUCUGGAACCGAUGUGAAUUUCAGGGAUGUAGAUGGCAGGACCGCUCUGCAUGUUGCUGCUUGCCAACGCCGUGCUGAUGUUGUUGAAUUGCUGCUUCAGAGGGGAGCCAAAGUUGAUCCCAAAGAUCGAUGGGAAAGUACGCCUCUUGCAGAUGCAAUAUAUUACAAAAACCAUGAUGUUAUCAAACUUUUGGAGAAACAUGGUGCCAAGCCUCUGAUGGCUCCUAUGCAUGUCCACAAUGCCCGUGAAGUCCCAGAGUAUGAGAUUGAUCCUACUGAGCUUGAUUUUACGAGAAGUGUUAACAUAACUAAGGGAACCUUUUGCAGUGCAUCAUGGCAUGGAAUCCAAGUUGCUGUGAAGACACUUGGGGAGGAUGUGUUUACUUAUGAUGAUAAAGUAAGGGCAUUUAGGGAUGAGCUUGCUUUGCUUCAGAAGAUACGGCAUCCAAAUGUAGUCCAGUUUUUGGGGGCUGUAACUCAAAGUAGUCCAAUGAUGAUAGUCACUGAAUAUUUGCCCAAGGGAGAUCUCUAUGCAUUCUUGAAAAGAAAAGGAGCAUUAAAGCCGGUGACAGCAAUCAGAUUUGCUCUUGAUAUUUCAAGGGGAAUGAAUUAUUUGCAUGAGAAUAAGCCUGAAGCUAUAAUUCACCGUGAUCUUGAGCCUUCAAAUAUAUUGCGGGAUGAUUCUGGACAUCUAAAAGUUGCAGACUUUGGAGUUAGCAAGCUGCUCAAAGUGACAAAUACUGUUAAGGAAAAUCCUCAAAUGUGCAGCAUAGAGGGGGAUAGUAAGUCUGCUAUUAUCCAAAGCCGGUAUUUGGCUCCUGAAGUGUAUAGAAAUGAAGAAUAUGAUACAAAAGUAGAUGUCUUCUCAUUUGCUUUAAUUCUACAAGAGAUGAUUGAGGGCUGUCCACCAUUUUCUUCAGAACCAGAAACUAAAGUUCCUAAAGCAUAUGGUGCAAAUAAGCGACCACCUUUUAGAGCUCCAGCAAAAUAUUAUUCACAUGGAUUAAAAGAAUUAAUUGAGGAAUGCUGGAGUGAGAAACCAGCAAAGAGACCAACGUUCAGAGCAAUAAUUGCUAAGCUAGAGGCUAUUAAUAACCAUCUUAUUCAUAACAGUCGGUGGAAGAUUAGAAUCGUCAGACCAUUAAGAUGCUUCCAGAACCUUGACUCCAUAUCGAAGAAAAAUAGCUCUGAUUCAGGUGGUGGCUCAUCUCGUUCUACCAUCGAAUAAAUAAAUCUUUGCACUGUUGCACGUCCUACUUGGAACGAUAUUUGUACAAUUUGCCCCCUUAAAUUUUUCCUUUUCAUCCUUGUCUUGGUUAAGAUUCAAAAUGUUCAUAUAUCUAUAGUUUCAUUUCAUUCUCUUAAGACCAUCUUAAUUGUUGGAAGUGUAACUCAGCCGACAUGUUGGCUCUCCCGUCUAAGUUUUGGGACGAGAUCAACAGACUAGCAUACAUAAAUUACACUAAAGUACUAUGCUGUGAAUAUUAAUGUGCUUUAUCUAUAAUCAGGCUUUGAGUUUAUUAAUAUAUUUUUCUAUGACAUGUUGGAUUUUCACCUUCAUAGAUAAUUCCCUUGUGUCAUU